CAGAGAAUAUGCUGUACCUUUAUUGAGCAGACUCAGGCUUGCAACGAAACUCUCAACCUUCCAUCCACAAAAUGUUGAAACACCUGCUCUCACGAAGUGAAAUACUUACCGAAUGAUAACGUAAGGACAACUUGGACUAGAAACUCACACCAUUUUUUUAAAUGGAUACGCCUCACUAUUAUUUACCACGGAUAUUAGAUUAGCAAUUUUAACAACGAAUGUGUCAUAAACCUUUUGCAGUGCAGAAUAGACUAAAACUUUAAUAACGAUGAACAAACGUGAGUAGUUUGCAACAGUGUUUAUACGGGCAAACAAAUGCAAAUAAGUAAAUAAGGAACAACUUCCAUUUUCAUAGCACAACGUAAUCAGUAAAUGUGGGAACCAGACAAGCACAAUCAUCACAGUAAAACAUAAGUAAAGAAUACGCACGCGCAAUGCUUUUACUUCCCCAACAUGGCUUUAAUUUGCCCACGCUCAUGCGCAUUGAUUCCAUUUUUCACAAAUGGUAUACAAUGGCUGCCGUAGGUUUGGUAUCAGUAGAAAACAGUGUCGGGCCCGGUUAUGGACUUAGUACUGGACAUGGUUCAGGGCCAGGACCAGGCCACGGACCUGGUGCUUGGAACCGGUCAUUGGAUAGGGCUCUGGAGGAGGGUGCGAUUACGGGCUGUCUAAAUCUGAGUGGCAGGAAGUUGAAGGAGUUCCCCAGGAGCGCUGCCAACCACGAUUUGACUGACACUAUUCAGGCCGAUUUAUCUCGAAAUAGACUGAGUGAUAUAUCAGCUGAAAUCUGUCAGUUUGUCUCCCUUGAAAGCCUUAACUUAUAUCAGAACUGUAUACGAUUUAUCCCAGAGGCGGUCCUUAAUCUACAAACAUUAACUUGUUUAAAUGUCAGUCGAAACCAGCUAUCAACGUUGCCUGCAUAUGUUUGCAGUUUGCCUUUGAAAGUUUUGAUUGUCAGCAAUAACAAGCUAUUGUCUCUGCCUGAGGAAAUUGGACAGCUCAGACACUUGACAGAACUUGAUGUAAGCUGCAAUGAAAUUCAAACAUUACCACCACAGAUUGGCAACCUGGAGUCUUUACGAGAUUUGAAUAUUAGGCGAAAUCAUUUACUACGGUUACCUGAAGAGCUUGCAGAAUUGCCUUUGGUUCGGUUAGACUUUUCGUGCAAUAAAAUCACAUCCAUCCCAGUUUGUUACAGAAACCUCCGAUAUUUACAAGCAAUUAUUCUGGACAAUAACCCAUUGCAGUCACCUCCAGCACAGAUAUGUAUAAAGGGAAAAGUGCACAUAUUCAAAUAUCUUAAAAUUCAUUCUUGCAAGAUUACACCAGAUCCUCAAUACUUUGAAAAGAGGCCUGAUAACAGUGUAUCCUGCCAAGACGAGUUGUAUCCUAGACGGUCAUAUGGAGGACUGGACUCUGGUUUUAAUAGUGUUGACAGUGGAGACAAGCGGUGGUCAGGAAAUGAGCCUACAGAAGAUUUAGCAGAUCUGCCUUUAAGAGUUGCUGAAAUAAAGGAACAAAGACUUCGAAGAGAGUGUCAGUACCAUGAAAACAGAGGAACUGCAGUACUUAUCAAUGGGGGAGUGGAAAAUGACUUGGAUCAAAUUGACUAUAUCGAUAGCUGUACUAUGGAAGAAGAGGAAGAGGAUGUGAAAACAUCAAAGCAAGGUGCUCAAGAGAGUCUUAGCUUUCAGUUUAUGGCAUAUAUUGGACGACGAAUGACACAUGAGCCUGCAUCAGGAAAUGAACUUCAGAGAAUAGAAGAUUCAAGGAGAUACAUACAUCUAAACAAAGAAACCGAGGAACUUCGAAGACCAGAAACACUUGACUUGUGGCAUGACAGACUUAGGCAGCAGGCAUUAAGAAGUCAAACAGCUGACUCAGAAAGGUUUUUAGCUGACGGAGCGCCAGGUGAUCAUCUUGCACAAGAUCAUUAUCAGAUGUUGCCUGCUGGCAGUAGCUCUUAUCUGGACUGGCAGCGGAGAAGGGAACAAAUGGUGGAACGUACUAGGAGAGAAGCACAGCUUGCCGCCUUGCAGUAUGAAGAGGAGAGAAUGAGGACUAAACAGAUUCAGAGAGAAGCUGUGCUUGGUUUUGUAAAAUUAAAGAAUUCCCAGAGUCCCCAUAAACAGAUUCCCAUGGACAGUGAGUACCCCUUCCCAUCCAGAAGGUGUCAGCACACUGACGAUAGUGCCUUGUUAGUGAAUGAAGAUCGAUACUCGUUUUCAGUGAACUCCCCUACUAACCAGACAGCCUCUCCUUCCAGCAGAAGUAGGUCCCAUCUUGCAGAGAGUUUCCUUAACCGUGCUGCCCUAAGGGACGAAAUGAAACAAGUUGGUACGUCCUCUUCUCCAGCAGCUUUAACAUGCAACUCAGGAGAUGUGCAAUCCAGGCAAAAUACCAGUGUGUGUGAUGGAGAGGAAGAGCUAAUAGAACAGCUACGAAAGAACAUUGAAUCACGAUUGAAGGUGUCUCUUCCCAAUGAACUUGGGCCAGCCCUAACAGAUGGUGUGGUUCUCUGUCAUUUAGCCAAUCAUGUACGACCGCGGUCAGUACCUAGCAUUCACGUCCCAUCACCAGCAGUGCCUAAGCUGACAAUGGCAAAAUGUAGAAGAAAUGUGGAAAACUUUUUGGAAGCCUGUAGGAAAAUUGGCGUACCACAGGACAUUGUGUGUUCCUCCACUGAUGUUCUCCAGCUGAACCUUCUCACUGUUAACAAGACUGUUGAAGAUCUGCUUGAGUUGGGGGCAGUUUCAGGAAAGCCAGCUCUUGCUUUCUUUUCUUUGCAGCUUGCAGGCUUUGCUGUAUUUUACUGUACUGUAAUGAUUGCCUUAUAUAAGCUGUACUCCUGCAAUUCUGUCUUCUAACCAAAGAUUUGAAACAUUGUGCACUAUAAAUUCUACUCAUUUGUGUUGAACAGGACACUGCAAUGGACCAAAUGGAUAAAUUUUGUACCUUUUUCUUCUCUUCAUCUGAAGAGGAUUUCAGUGCUGAAUUAUGUUACAUAUUAUGGUGGAAUGGUAAUUAAAAGAAGUUUUACUAAAGUUGCA